GCAGACGCGUCCUGCGAGGGGGCUGGCGGGACAGCGUUGGACAGCCAUGGCUGGGGUCCGAGUGGCGUCGCGGCUGCUGUUGGCGCGGCGUUCGGCGCUGACCCGGGCGCAGCGGCCGGCAGCGUUGCAGACAGGAACCCGUGAUUUUCACUUCACUGUCGAUGGCCAUACAAGGGCAUCUGCCAAAGUCUCAGAUUCCAUUUCUGCUCAGUACCCAGUAGUGGACCACGAAUUUGAUGCAGUGGUGGUUGGUGCUGGUGGAGCUGGCUUACGAGCUGCAUUUGGCCUCUCGGAGGCAGGAUUUAACACAGCAUGUAUCACAAAGCUCUUUCCUACCAGGUCACACACUGUGGCAGCACAGGGAGGCAUCAACGCUGCUCUGGGGAACAUGGAAGAAGACAAUUGGAGAUGGCAUUUCUAUGACACCGUGAAGGGCUCCGACUGGCUGGGGGACCAGGACGCCAUCCACUACAUGACAGAGCAGGCCCCUGCCUCUGUGGUCGAGCUAGAAAAUUAUGGCAUGCCGUUCAGCAGAACUGAAGAUGGGAGGAUCUAUCAGCGUGCAUUCGGUGGACAGAGCCUCAAGUUUGGGAAAGGCGGGCAGGCCCACCGAUGCUGCUGUGUGGCUGAUCGGACCGGCCACUCACUCCUGCACACCUUGUAUGGAAGGUCUCUGCGAUAUGAUACCAGCUAUUUUGUGGAGUACUUUGCCUUGGAUCUUCUGAUGGAAAAUGGGGAGUGUCGUGGUGUUAUCGCGCUGUGCAUAGAAGAUGGGUCCAUCCACCGCAUACGAGCAAAGAACACUGUUGUUGCUACAGGAGGCUAUGGGCGCACUUACUUCAGCUGCACAUCUGCCCACACCAGCACCGGUGAUGGAACAGCCAUGGUCACCAGGGCGGGCCUUCCCUGCCAGGACUUGGAGUUCGUCCAGUUCCACCCCACAGGCAUAUAUGGUGCUGGUUGUCUCAUUACAGAAGGAUGCCGUGGAGAGGGAGGCAUUCUCAUUAACAGUCAGGGCGAAAGGUUCAUGGAGAGAUACGCCCCUGUCGCGAAGGACCUGGCUUCCAGAGAUGUGGUGUCUCGGUCAAUGACCCUGGAGAUCCGAGAAGGAAGAGGCUGUGGCCCCGACAAGGAUCACGUCUACCUGCAGCUGCACCACUUGCCACCCGAGCAGCUGGCCACACGCCUGCCUGGCAUUUCUGAGACGGCCAUGAUCUUCGCGGGUGUAGACGUCACCAAGGAGCCAAUCCCUGUGCUUCCCACCGUGCACUAUAACAUGGGUGGCAUUCCUACCAACUACAAGGGACAGGUUCUGAGGCACGUGAAUGGCCAGGAUCAGAUUGUGCCCGGCCUGUAUGCCUGUGGGGAAGCUGCCUGCGCCUCCGUACACGGUGCCAACCGGCUCGGGGCAAACUCCCUCCUGGACUUGGUGGUCUUUGGCCGGGCCUGUGCCCUGAGCAUUGCAGAGUCCUGCAGGCCUGGAGAUAAAGUCCCCCCGAUUAAACCAAAUGCAGGGGAAGAAUCUGUUAUGAAUCUUGACAAGUUGAGAUUUGCUGAUGGGAACAUCAGGACGUCGGAGCUGCGCCUCAGCAUGCAGAAGUCCAUGCAGAGUCAUGCCGCAGUGUUCCGUGUUGGGAGCGUGUUGCAGGAAGGCUGUGAGAAGAUCAGCCAGCUCUACGGAGACCUGAAGCACCUGAAGACAUUUGACAGGGGGAUGGUCUGGAACACAGACUUGGUGGAGACCCUGGAGCUGCAAAAUCUGAUGCUGUGCGCGCUGCAGACCAUCUACGGAGCUGAGGCUCGGAAGGAGUCUCGGGGUGCCCACGCCAGGGAGGAUUACAAGGUGCGGAUUGAUGAGUACGAUUACUCCAAGCCUAUCCAGGGGCAGCAGAAGAAGCCAUUUGGGGAGCACUGGAGGAAGCACACCCUCUCUUACGUUGAUGUCAAGACUGGGAAGGUCACUCUGGAGUACAGACCUGUAAUUGACAAAACCUUGAACGAAGCUGACUGUGCCACAGUGCCCCCUGCCAUCCGCUCCUACUGAGGAGACUGGGAGGCUACAGAAGCAGCGUCUGUGACUGUGUCCAAUAGCCCCUGCCUGUGCCCAUGUCAUCUCAGUAGCACCAGACAGUGCUUGCCUUGUCCCUUGGCUUCCUUCUUGAGAAACUGUACAGCCAGGCACAUCCAUUUAAAAUAUUGUUCCACUUGCCUCAGGCAUGUUUGUUGCCCUAAAAUAGCAAAUGCAGUUGUCUUUUUAUUCUGUUAAAUUCUAGAAAUUCUGUUGUUUUUUAAGCAAAAAUGAAUUUUGGUGCCUCACGGCAAAUGAAGAAAACUAACAUUUCCCCAUUGUUCUUGGCCAAUGAUUUAAUAGAUGAACCCGUGUCCUAAAGUAUUGAAACAACCAAAUGUGAAACAAAACUGCAUUUCUUUGUA